CCCCCACGUCCCUCUAAGUGCUCACGGAGUGGGUAGGUUAAACCACCCUCCACACUUCCUCCACCAUCCUCAUCCGCCACAAGUGCUCAACUCCCCUUCCCUAAUAACACUGACGACACUCGCUCGGCUUUCACCUAUAACUACACAUUCUCUCGUCGCUUCUUCUGCUCCGGUAGAAACAUCCCGUUCGCAUUUUGGGUGCUCUCGCCUGUGUUUUGGAGGCGUUGAGACGCCUUCCGAACCUCCCGACCUUUACCUAUCUAACCCUACCCUCUCCACCGCGAUCAGGAACACCUCAUUCCACUCACCCGUCCCGUCCGGAGUAAUCACUCUCUUCCGAGCCGUCGAUAUAGUUCCGGACGAAUCGCUUCUCGGCGACUCGAUCGCGACGCACGGAUCAACCCUGCACACCACCGAGCACUCCAUACCAGCCUCCUCACGUCUCCUCCAGAUAUGAGCAUAGCAUCUGCUCGCUACGCGAGCUACCACGAGCCACCGGCGGGCGGCGGAGGUGGCGGACCGACAAUCGGCGUGGCGGCGGGCCCCCCGAACGAGCUCGUUGACCCCGAGUCGCUAUACACCAAGCAGGGACUCAUAGGUGGCGGUAGUUUCGGAAAGGUCUACAAGGGCGUCGAUAAGCGGAACGGGCAGGCGGUAGCCAUAAAAGUCAUCGAUGUUGAGAACGCCGAAGAUGAGGUCGAUGACAUCAUUCAAGAGAUCAAUAUUCUCUCCGAGCUCCAUUCGCCCUAUGUCACCAAGUACCACGGUUCGUACCUCAAGGGUUCCGACCUGUGGAUCAUCAUGGAGUUCUGUUCUGGUGGCAGUUGCGGGGAUCUGAUGAAGCCUGGCUUGAUCCCGGAGGAGUACAUCACGAUCAUUAUUCGGGAGCUGUUGAUGGGAUUAGAGUACUUGCACAGCGACAACAAGCUGCACCGGGAUAUUAAAGCGGCAAACGUGUUGCUGGCGUCAAAUGGCCAAGUUAAGCUUGCGGAUUUUGGAGUGUCCGGGCAGUUGACGGCAACGAUGACGAAAAAGAAUACUUUCGUCGGAACUCCUUUCUGGAUGGCACCGGAGGUCAUCAAGCAGUCAGGAUACGACCAGAAGGCCGACAUUUGGUCGCUUGGGAUCACGGCCAUUGAGCUUGCUAUGGGAGAGCCGCCGUAUUCCGAUAUCCAUCCUAUGAAGGUCCUCUUCCUUAUUCCCAAGAACCCACCACCGCAAUUGGAGGGUAGCUUUUCGGAGCGCUUCAAGGAGUUUGUUAGCCUAUGCUUGCAGCGAGAUCCCCGAGAUCGGCCAUCGGCAAAGGAGUUAUUGAAACAUCCAUUCGUGAAGCGUGCUAAGAGGACAACUUAUCUCACCGAGCUCAUCGAGCGACACGAGCGGUGGGUGAUGGAGAAUGGCAACAAGAAGGGAAGCGAUGAGGAUUCCGACGAAGGAACUAUGGACAGUAGGGAGAGUAAAUCCACUGAAGAGGAGGAGGACGACAAUGACUUGUGGGAUUUCGGAACGGUACGACCAAGUGGUGGUGGUGCUGGUCGGAACACCCCGGGGUUGAAGAGUUUGAGUGCAGCGCAGGCAAAUAUGAGAUAUAUCGCUCAGACCGUGGAGAGUAAUGACUUUGAGAGCCCGGGCACACCGAAGGGAAGCCGAGACCGUCGGAGUGAAGAAAGGGCUUCGGCCAUCCACCCCCAAACGAGAGCCCAGGAAAACAACAAACAGCCACAGUCUCCACCGGUGCCGCCACAUGGCAAAGACUCGGGAUACGGAACGGCCUCGGACACAGUUAGGGGCAUGAAACGGCUAGACUCCCAUCAGCCUGCGCCGCCGACACCACUACCUGCGCAUCAACUACCGCCACCCUAUCGGGACGAUCGGCAGCCGGUGCCCAUGCAGCCGCUUCAGCAUCACAAUCACAGCAGACAAGUCAGUAUGUCUGCCGAGAGCGAGCGGUUACUACAGGCAGAGCUGGCGAAAGAUGUUAGCUGGAUGAGGAUAGCCCAGGGACAGCCAGGCAUGGCUGACCACGAUCGUACGCCAACGGGAAGCAGGGGAUCCGCAGCUAGUCCAGAUGUUCUUCCAGAUCACGGGGGACUGACUGCGUUCCCCAACCCGCAGCUCGGAAGGCAAACAUCGCACGAUCUUGCCCAGGAGCAGAUGCGGCGGCAGAUCGAACAACAGAAUAAGGUCAGACUCGAGGAGCAACAACGACAGCAAUUAAGGUCGAUACAGCCGCCUCCCGGGCUCGGUCAUCAGCCACGUCGGGCCCCGAGCGGCGCGCUAGUACCCCCUCAACCGCCAUCGCACUCUUCACAGCUCAGAAACACCCCCUCCACGCAGACUUUGCAGCCCGCCAAUGAACGACGGCAGUCGGUGCCUCCACCUCCCCCGGAUCAUAUGCCGGCGAACAAUGGCCUACUUCAGGACAACGAAGGGGAAGUCACUGCGUUGGGCGGUGUUAUUCUCCCUGCCCUAGAGGCAGCGUUGACCAGACGCACCUAUCAUCUCCAGCAGCAGUCCAUGCGAAAGGGUCUCAAGAACCAGGAGAAACAUCAACACGCACAUGACAAACUCAAGCGAUUGGUUUAUAAAGCUGCACAGGUUUUCAAGGACAUCGAAGAAUGGGAUAAGGCGGCGCCUGUCGGAAUGGGCAGUGAGGUUAGCGGAUUCCUAGAGGGGUUCUUGGAGGAGGUGCUCGUUAGGGUCGAGGCCGAGGAGGAAGAAGAAGUAGUGCCGGCCAGACACCAUCCACAUCAACAACAUCCCCAACAGCAGCAGCACCCUCAGAAACACCAACCUAUGCAACCUGGCCAGCAGAGGCGGUGGUAGUUCUUUGUAUAUGUACCUGGGAACCCUUACUAGCCUCUCUUUAUAACUGAUGCUUAAUACCCAUUGACUAUGCGUUAUCCUAUGCGCCUUUCUUUUACUUUUUCUUUCCUUUGUUACGGUCGGUCUAUGGCAUAGGGUGGCGGGAUAGGGUUGGUUUUUUUUUUCACACGGUUCGGAUGCGAGAAUGGAACGGAAAGAUGGGACUCUGGUGUUUAAUGUCGGCAACGGGAAUACCGCUGGGUUUAGUUACGGUUGCUUGAUUGCGGAAGGGCGGAGGUUGUUGCUUGCUAAGAUACCCACAACCAUGCUUACAUUUUGUUAUUCGUUUUUGAUGUGAUUAUGAUUCUGCUCCUCUCAUGGUCGUGUUUGGGACCGCUUGUCUGUGUGUAGUGUUGUGUAUGCAGGAGGUGGUGUAUGGGGGGUGUUACGAAUUGUACAUAUACUGUGGCGAUUAUGAGAUUAUGAGGAUUUGAGAUG